AAUCAGCGUAUUUUCUCUCAGUCUUCACUUCUGAUUUGAGACGCGUUUUCAGUCAGCUUGUACUUUUUUUACCUUACUACUGACGUAAGGCACCCCUGUCCUCGGGUCUGUCUUGUGGGCGCGCAUUUUCAGAGAAGUACCUAAGCGCUCGGUUCAAAACCCUCUUCUCCACCAGGGGGCCACGCACGGCGUCUGCGUGCUAUCUCCACGAGGUUAUCAUCUGCCUGUUGGCGGGGUUUAUAAACACAUUUUUUUUCUCGGUGGCGCAGCUCGGUCUUUACCUCCAUUACUUGCCAACCCGAGCAUGGCCCUCCAUCUGUACCAUCUCACUCUCCAGAGACCCAGCGCGAUCACCCAUGCAAUCAGCGGGAACUUCACGGACCUGCGCGACCAAGAGCUGCUGGUCGUGCGCGGCCACGCUAUCGAGCUCCUUCGGCCAGACAUGAACGGAAAGCUCAACUCCAUCGUCUACGCGGAGGUGUUCGGAUGCAUCCGGUCCAUCGCCACCUUCAGGUUGCCAGGCACCAGCAAGGACUACAUUUUGGUUGGGUCCGACUCUGGCAAGAUCGUGAUACUGGAGUACAGUGCUGAGAAGAAUGCCUUCGUCAAGCUGCACGAGGAGACUUUUGGGCGUUCGGGAGUUAGGCGAGUGGUUCCUGGACAGUAUUUGGCCGUCGAUCCGUCUGGCAGGGCGACACUGAUAGGCGCAGUUGAAAAGCAGAAGUUCGUGUACAUUUUGAACCGGGACAACGAGGCGCGCCUGACGAUUUCGUCCCCGCUCGAGGCUCACAAGUCGAACACGUUUUUGUUCGACGUUGUUGGCAUUGAUGUUAAUUAUAUGAAUCCUUUGUUCGCCGCGAUCGAGCUCGAUUAUUACAAGAGCGACCAAGACCCCACCGGCGAGGCCGUUCGCGCGGCCCAGAGGGUGCUUACUUGGUACGAGCUCGACUUGGGUUUGAACCACGUCGUUAGAAAGAGUAGUCAGGACAUAGACAAGACGUCCCACCGGUUGAUUGGAGUUCCGGGCGACGACCAGAAUCCCGGGGGCGUGAUGGUCUGCGCGAAGAACAGAGUUUAUUAUUACAGCCAGGCGUCGUCGUCCGCCCACGGCGAGUCCGAGGUAUUUGCGGUGAUUCCGAAGCGCAGAGACAGAGUUUGCAUGGGUGCGGAUGGCAGUGCGGACACUGGCACCCUGAUUGUCGCGCACACGCUCUUGAAGACGGCUACAAAUUUUUUUUUUCUUCUGAUGACAGAAAAUGGAGAUUUGUUCAAGUUGACAGUUGACCGCGGCGCGAACGGCGCCGUGCUCAAAAUUCACGUUGCAUACUACGACACCGUCCCCGUGGCGACGUCCAUUGUCACGCUGUCCCCUGGGUUUUUGUUCGUGGCGAGCGAGACAGGAAACCAAUACCUCUACUUCUUCAAGGACUUGGCGGAGGGGGGGGCCGAGCCCGAGGAGGGCGGGGAGCUCUUUGGCCACGAAUCCUCGCGCGCGACGGGGGGCGACGUGUAUUUCGACCCGCGCCCAUUGAGGCACCUGCAGAUCAGCGACGAAAUUCCGUGUUUGCACCCAAUUUUGGACCUGAAGGUCGAAAACAUCGACAAGGAAGAGACGCCGCAAAUCUUCGCGCUCAGCGGCAGCGGUCCGCGCUCCGCGCUGAGGGUCUUGAGGCACGGGAUUCCCGUGAUCGAGGCCGCAUCCGUGCGCCUUCCGAGUCCGGCGUCGUCGGUGUGGGUGCUCAAGACCAGCGCGCAGGAGGCCUACGACCAGUACAUCAUUGUCUCGUUUGCGUCUAAUACCUUGAUCCUGGGUAUUGGGGACACCGUCGAGGAAAUCAAGGAAGGCGACCCGUUGUACGGCGCUUUUUCCACAAAUGUCACCACGCUCAACAUUGGCCGCCUCAACGACGACACCUUCGUGCAGAUCACGCCCAGCGGGUACAAGCACAUCCGACACCACAGCUACAAGACGUGGGAGGUCCCGAAUGGCCACCGCAUCGUCCACUCGUGCAUCAACCGCCGUCAGGUGGUCGUCGCCGUGAGCGGCGGGGACGUCCACUACUUCGAGCUGGACAGCACCGGCAACCUCAACCGCGUGGGUUCCGUGUCUCUGGAGAGGGAGGUCGUCACAAUGGCCAUUCAGCACGUCCCCCAGGACAGGCAGCGGGGAAGGUUCCUCGCCAUCGCCGACGCCGAGAGCAAGGUCCGCAUAUACUCGUUGGAGUCUUCCGGGGCCCUCCAGAGCCUCGCUAUCCAAGUCCUGCCCUCCAAGGCCACCAGCUUGGCCCUCUUUACUUUGUCGACCAACCAACUCAUUCUCGCUAUCGGUACACAAAACGGCCUCUUUAUGCGAUCUCAGGUCGACCUCUCCAGCGGACAGCUCAGCGACUCCCGCAAGAAGUAUCUCGGCACUCGUGCCGUCAGACUCCUCAUUGUCAAGGUCCCGGGAGGCGCUGCCGCCAUGCUCGCGCUGAGCAGCCGCUCGUGGCUUUUGUACCAACAACAAGCAACCCUCUGCAUGCUCCCACUCGCCUGCGCGUCCUUCGACUACGCCGCCUCGCUCCAUUCCCUCCAAUGCCAAGACAGCAUCGUCUGCACCACCCGCGAGCGACUGGGCAUCCUGUCCAUAGACCGACUCGGUGACAUGUUCAACCAGACAGAAAUUCCCCUCCGGUACACCCCUCGGCAGUCCGCCAUAUACCCCAUCUCGAAGUUGCUGCUGACCGUCGAGAGCGACCACAACGCGUAUUCGGGCGUCGAGCUGUCAUCUCUUUCGGCCCUCUCGAAAAACCAAGAAAACACAGACGCCCACGCAGAGGCGAACGGCGCCGCCUGCGCCGACGCGCCGCUGCCCAGCGCGCUCUACGGCGGUCCGAAGCCCGGGCCCGGGCGCUGGGGGAGCUGCGUGCGACUCCUGGACGUGAAGGAGUCGAUGACGCUCGACCUGUUCGAACUAGACAACAACGAGGCGGCGAUUUCCAUCGCCACCUGCAGCUUCAGGGACCACAGCGGGGAGAUCUUCAUCUGCGUCGGGACGGCCAAGGACCUCGUGCUGCAGCCGAAGCGCUCCUGUUCGGCCGCUUACAUACACGUGUACGAGCUGACGUCUCAGGGGAGGAAACUUCAAUUUUUGCACAAAAAGCAAGUCGAGGACAUUCCGGGCGCCCUCACCCAAUUCAACUCGCGUCUGCUGGCCGGGAUUGGGUCGUCUCUGAAGCUGUUCGACCUCGGCAAGAAGAAGCCGCAGCUUCUCAGAAAGUGCGAGCUGUCUGGGUUCCCGACGCACAUCGUCAACAUUUCCACCAUCGGCGAGCGAAUCAUCGUCGGCGACCUCCAGGAAUCGAUCCACUUCGUCAAGUACUCGAGACCCGACUCCCUCUCCAUCCUCGCCGACGACAUCACGCCCAGAUGGAUGACGUGCUGCGAGAUCCUGGACUACAACACCGUCGCCGGCUCGGACAAGUUCGGGAACGUGUUCAUUAUGCGGCUGCCCGAGAAGGUCGCCCAACUGGAAAACGACCCCACGGGGAAGGCGACGCCCUACGUUCAAGGGUACCUCUGCGGCGCGCCGCACAAGCUAGACGCCAUCUGCAACUUCCACAUAGGAGAAAUGGUCACUCGACUCAAGAAAACUCGCCUGACGCCCGGCGGCAGCGAGUUUCUGCUGUACGUCACCGUCCACGGCACCAUAGGCGCUCUGAUGCCUCUUUCCUCGCGAGAGGACGUCGACUUCUUUUCUCACCUGGAGAUGCACUUCCGACAAGAAAAUCCACCCCUUUGCGGCCGCAACCACCUGGCGUAUCGCAGCGCCUACUUCCCAGUCAAGAACGUCAUCGAUGGGGACCUGUGCGAGAUGUUCGCCUCUCUUCCAGAGGAGAAGCAGAACAGCCUGUGUUCUCAAAUGGACCAAACCGCGGCCGAAAUUCAGCGAAAAAUCGAAGACAUAAGAGACCAAAUUUGACGGGAGUCGCCCCCUCCCGGGGACACCGCGAGACACCGCAUCGCGCAUGAAAUAAAUGAACGCUACCUCUCUCUACCGCC